AUGCCCGCAAUCGCAGAGCUACUGGCCAAACGUGCCGGUCUGGCAUUGGACUUUGUCCUGGACUCAGCUUCGCUCGUGGAAAGUAACAUCCUCGAAGGAGAAGCAACGUUAGACAAGCGGGUCUUGAUACCAUGUUGCAACAGUACCAGCCCACCAGGUUUAGUCGAAGCAGUGACACGAGAUCCAUGGCAGAAGUCGGGCAAAUACGCACUCGGGUGGGUGUACUUUGCAAUAAUAUUACUGGUGUUCACGAUAGCUCUGCAAUGGUACCACUACUGGAACGACAAGAUUCGAGUGGCUUCACACAAGGAGAUGGUCGAGGAGUACGCGAAGACUGCAUCGCCGGCGACAGAUUAUGAACAUUCGGCGCUGAGCACCGAUCGAUCGACGAAGAAAUUCUUUUUCCCAAAGGAAGGUCCAAUUCCAGAGCCACGACCAGAGGACGAUGGCCCAAGAUCAAGCUGGUUGGUCAGGAACAUAUUUGCGCUCUCUCGAUACGUAUUCUAUCGGCCCAUUCCAAACUUCAGAGCACACAAGAAACUGCGACCGAUUGUGUUCCCGACCAUAGGAGUCUGCGUGCUCGUCUUCGCGGCGCUGGCCUUCGUGUUGCUUUACAGCUUUGUACCUCAGCCACUGUACUGGUCCUCGAUUCAAUUCGGCUCGCCGCCCUUGACAGUUCGGUCUGGCAUGAUCGCGGUGGCAAUGUUGCCAUGGAUUGUUGCAUUGAGUAUGAAGGCCAACUUCAUGUCGUUGCUUACCGGGAUUGGUCACGAGCGACUGAAUGUCCUACACCGAUGGCUGGCCUACAUCUUCAUGAUCUUGAGCAUUAUUCACACGGUGCCAUUCUAUGUGACGCCUGUGUGGGACGAAGGAGGACUUGCGGUGUUUCACAGACUUCUGAAGCAGCAGCAGUCUGGGGUUUACAUCUAUGGAACAGGCAUCGCCGCGUUGGUACCUACACUUUUCCUGUGCGUACACUCCUUCGGACCCAUUCGACGGCGGUUUUACGAGGCCUUUGUCGUCGUGCAUGUUCCCGUGGCCAUCGUACUCCUUGCCAUGAUGUUUUGGCAUUGCCACAACUACCUCACUUCCUGGAGCUAUCUGUUCGCCACAAUGGCCAUCUGGCUGGCAUCCUACGCGUUCCGUCUCUUCUACUUGAACUGGGCAAAUCCUUGGAGGAUGUCUUUCUGCAUUGGAGAAGAAGCCGCCGUGACAGUACUCCAUGAGAAUGCCGUCAAAGUCACAAUACCGACACAAGUUCGAUGGAAGCCUGGCCAGUACGUCUAUCUGCGAAUGCCUGGGAUCUCGCUAUUCGAGAACCAUCCCUUCACCAUCGCUUCCCUGUGCAGCGACGACUAUCCUUCCGAAUACGGCGAGAACUACCGCGACAUGGUGGUAGUCUUUAGACCGUUUGGCGGUUUCACUAAGAGAGUGCUCAACAGUGCUCUCGACCAUGGACCAUGGUGGACGUAUCGUGCCUUUAUCGAUGGCCCAUAUGGCGGCAUGCGUCGAACACUCCAUUCCUUCGACCACGUUGUGCUAAUCGCCGGAGGCACAGGCAUCACAGCUGUGGCAUCGCAACUGCUCGACCUCAUCAAACGCAUGCGAGACGGCAAAGCCGUGACCAAGAAUGUCCACUUGAUCUGGGCCAUGAAACGACCAGAAACAAUGGAAUGGUUCAAAGAAGAGCUCCGCAUCUGCCGUGAGUUUGCUCCGCCAGACACCGUCAGCUGCCAGUUCUUCAUCACCGCCGCCAAACGCCAGAUGCAGACUGGCAAGAUUGUCAGCGCGCAGACCCCGAACCGGCCUGUCAGCAUGGUCUUCCACGACAAAGUCAACGACGUCUUCCAAAACAUCGCCAGCAACCGCUUCUCGAUGAGCUCGCACCGCAACUCAGCCCACAUUCGCGAAGAAGCAGAAGGCGACCCGGAGCGCGAAAAACAACUCCGCGAAGAAAACGAAGACCGCAUCCGUCCCCUCCCAGAAGCCCACCUCAAACCCGUCCGCCAACCCUCCCGAACCCACCUCGCUCCACCCCAACAACAACAACCACUAGAAGACUACACCAACACCACCGAACAAACCCCUCACCUCCCGCCACACCCAACGCUCCACGAAAAACGCCGCUCAAAAGCCAUCAACCUCGACAUCUCCUCCGCCCAAAACCUGCCCCCAGCAGCCGCGCAACUCCAACACCACAACCCCACCUCCCCCACCACCUUCGACAACAUCGGCUUCCCCUCCACACCGACCGAAUUCCAGAAGAACCUCAUGCGCUUCGCCUUCAUGCCCGCCGCGACGCGGGUGAAGCGCAGCGGCUGGAACGUCGAGUGGGGACGGCCGGAAGUGCCGUAUAUGCUGAGGGAGUUGAGCGAGGAGUGGAAGGGACGGGGGAAGCGGGCUUGUGUGUUUGUUUGUGGGCCGCCGGGGAUGCGGGUUGAUGUGUCCAGGACGGUGGCGGAGUUGCAGGGGAGUUUGGUGAUGGGUGAGGGAGGGUGUGAGGAGGUUUAUUUGCAUACGGAGAAUUAUGCGCUUUGA